GGUCUCGCAUGGCAAACUUGAUGACAUUUCUUCUUUCUCUACCACUCUUUUACUUCUUCCUCACAACCUUUCUUCCACCUACAACAUGUUUCAACAACCAAACAGACCAACUCUCACUACUAGCCAUCAAAUCCAGCCUCCAAGAUCCACAAGGAGCUCUCUCUUCAUGGAACCAAACACUCCCCUUCUGCAGCUGGACAGGCAUCCAAUGCCGCGACAACAGAGUCGUCGCCAUAACCUUGCCCUCUCUCGGCCUCAUCGGAAACCUCUCCCCGCACAUAGGUAACCUCUCUCUUCUCACCAACAUCACCCUCAAUACCAACUUUCUCCACGGCCCAAUUCCUCCACAAAUCACUCGCUUAACCAAACUCCGGUUUCUCGAAUUUAGCAACAAUUCCUUCACGGGUGAAUUACCAAAAAACUUGUCACAGUGCCUCAAUCUAGUGCAGCUUGCUUUCUCUAGGAAUCUCAUUUCUGGAACCAUACCUAAUGAACUUAGCUUCUUGCCCAAACUCGAAGCUAUAUCUUUUUCAAGAAACCGGUUUUCUGGGCUUAUUCCUUCAUCCAUUGGUAACAUAACAACCCUCCAAAGGCUGUCUUUAGGAGCAUGCCUUUUGGCCGGAGAGAUUCCCGAGUCACUCAGCCGCCUCCACCGCCUUUCAUUUCUUCAAUUGAGUGAAAAUAGUUUCACCGGUAGCAUUCCUCAUGGUCUGUUUAAUCUAACUAACAUUUAUUACUUUGAUGUUUCUUAUAAUAAACUUCAUGGAGUUAUUCCUUCUACUAUUGGUGUCACACUCCCUAAUCUUAAUUCUCUACUUCUUAAGCGAAACCACUUUAGUGGGCCAAUUCCUAAUUCCAUUUCAAAUGCUUCAUUGAUUGAAUGGAUCAUCUUGUCCUCUAAUAGUUUCACUGGACCUAUACCAAACCUUGAGAGACUUGCGUUAAUUCAAUGUUUCUUCUUAGAUACAAACUUAAUUGAAGAUGACAUGAGCUUCAUUUCAUCAUUGACAAAUUCCACCAAUUUAGAGUGGUUCGAUGUUAGUGAGAACAUGCUGAGUGGUUCUUUGCCGGAAUCCCUAGCCAAUUUGUCCAUUCAUAUCACUGUGUUUGAUAUACAAAAGAAUCAGAUACAAGGAAGCAUCCCUGUAGACAUUGGAAACCUUGAUAAUCUUCAAAUGGUUGAUAUGUCUUACAAUCUUCUUGAUGGCCUAAUUCCCAUGUCAAUGUCAAAGCUGUCGAAUUUGCAAAACCUUCAUAUGAGAAGAAACAGAUUCAGCGGGGAACUGCCAUCUAUGUUUGGGAACAUGACUGUUUUGAGUCGAUUCCAGCUUGAUGGGAAUGAGCUUUCUGGAAAUGUGCCUUCCAGUCUUGGCAACUGCACCAACUUGCUAGAGUUAGACCUCUCCGAAAACAAGUUCACUGGUUUGAUCCCUCGAGAAAUCAUGAGACUUUCGUCUCUUUCCAUUGUGCUUAAUCUCUCUCACAAUGCGCUCGAGGGUUCUAUUCCGAGUGAAGUUGGCUCUUUGAGAAACCUUGCGGCUUUGGACUUGUCUAGCAAUAGACUGUCUGGAGUGAUUCCCACCUCUUUGAACAGCUGCGUUAGCUUGCAACGGAUCUACCUCGAUAAGAAUCUUCUUCAUGGAGAGAUUCCUGAAGGAAUGAGCACUUUGACGGGCUUACAAGAGUUGGAUCUAUCGCGGAACAAUCUGUCUGGUUCUAUUCCCUCGUUUUUGGGGAGUUUGAAGCUUCAGAAGCUCAACUUGUCUUUCAAUAGGCUACGAGGAGAGAUUCCCAAAAGAGGAGUUUUUGCUAAUAGAAGUUCAAUUUUUCUUGAUGGAAACCAAGAUUUGUGUGGUGGAAUUGAAGAGUUGAUGUUCCCACCUUGCAAAGGAGUAGAAUCUUCCAAGGAAAAGUUGUCCACUUUGUGGAAGAUCUUGGUCCCAAUAUUGGUUGUCGGAGGCUUAUGCAUUGUGAUUUUAGUAUUUAUCAAGUACAAAAAAUUAGAAGAAAAUGCUUGUCCUUCUGCAGAUACCAUUGGUGUCCAACCAUUCAUGAGGUUUUCUUAUGCUGAUCUCCUUAAAGCAACAAAUGGAUUCUCCGAGAGUAACGUGGUUGGUUUUGGGAGAUUCGGGUCCGUUUACAAAGCUGUUCUCGAUGAUGAGAAAGACAUAGUUGUAGCAGUCAAAGUGCUUAAUCUUGAGGUUAGAGGGGCGUUAAAGACAUUCAUGGCAGAGUGCAGAGCAUUGGGAGGCAUAAGACAUAGGAAUUUGGUGAAACUUGUAAGUGUUUGUGAUAGUGUGGACUUCAAAGGCAAUGAUUUCAAAGCAUUGGUGUAUGAAUUCAAAGUCAAUGGAAGUCUAGACAAAUGGCUUCACAACAACGAGAAAGAAAGAGGUGAAGAUUUCAAGAGUCUUAGCAUAAUCCAAAGGCUUAACAUUGCCUUAGAUAUUGCUCAAGGGAUUGAGUACCUUCACUUUGGUAGUGGCUCAUCUAUUAUCCAUGGUGAUUUGAAGCCCAACAACAUUCUCUUGGAUCAUGAUAUGGUUGCUUGUGUUGGGGAUUUCGGAUUAGCUAAGGUUGUCUCAAACAUACUUCCAUCAUCAUGUGAAAGCAACACGAGUUCCAUUGGGAUCAAGGGUACCGUAGGCUAUGUCCCUCCAGAAUAUGGCUCGUUUGGCUCGAUAUCUAUGCUAGGGGAUGUAUAUAGUUUUGGGGUCAUCCUUCUGGAGAUGUUCACAAAUAAAAGGCCAACAAAUGAUUUAUUUGGUGGUGAGGUAAAUAUCCAUAGAUAUGUGAACUCCGCUUUGCCUCAUGGAAUAAUGGAAAUUAUUGAUCCAGAAUUAGACACGAGAGCUUUGAAAAUGGAGUUUAUUGUUCGUGUUUUAAAGAUUGGAGUCUCAUGUUCAAAGGAGAAUCCAAGAGAUAGGAUGCCAAUAAAUCUUGUUGUUAGUGAGUUGGCUGGUAUUCUAGCUCAAUGUAUGAACUAGAUAAGUUGUUUUCUUUCUAAAGUCUUAAUUAUCUUUGAUUCUUCUAGUACUAGUUUGCUGUUUUUGGUACUUGAUGUGUGAU